AUGUCUGGUCAAACUCCCGCCUGGAAGAGAUUGGGCUUGAAGCUCAAGCAAACUUCUGAUGCAUCUGAGCCCAGCUUUGGGCACCCAACCAGCAGUACAAGCACAAGCACCCAGUCAAGUACAAAGAGAAAAUUCGACGCCCCGCCGCCUUCCAAUUCCUCUCAGGUUGCUAAGCGACCACGUCAGGAAGAAGCCACAACAAGUUGGAAUGCGCCAGGACAGUUAAAGAGGCAGAAGUCAGUCACCUUCGCCGAUGCACCACCCAACAACCACUUUGCCAGGACACCAUCAAAGCCCACCAAACAGAGCAAGGCCAAGAGCAAAGGCCCCGCAAAGAAGCCUAAACCCCAGGUUCCUACUGAUCUCAAGCCUGCGCUUGAAUACUUGAGGCUCUGGAAGACUGCUCGCGAUAGCUGGAAGUUCAACAAAAACCACCAAUCAAACCUCAUCAAGCACGUUUUCGAUGCCGAUGGAGUCCCCGCCUCUGACAUUGAAACCUUCUACGACUACAUCCAAGACUUGAAGGGCUUUGUGAGGAUGCGACUACUGGAGAAUGCUCGCGAGGUUAGGGAUCAGGAUCAAUCGGAUGGAGCAAAGGUGUUCCCCGAGGGAACCAAAGACCUUGAGGCUACUCAACAACGAUAUGAGGAGGUCCUUGCUAAGAUUCUUCAAAGUCACCCAGUGGGAACUAAGAGAAAGGGUUUCACCGAGGUCGAUUACCUCUCGGACUCGGAAGAGGAGGAUGUUAUCAUUCGCCGACUUGUGAAGCGCAUGAGAGCUGAGCUGGUCAUUGAUGAACUUUCCGACGGCGACGACGCCGAGGCCAGCAUCGCAUCAUCACAGACCAUCACUGCAAGCGAUAACAACGUCACAUCAACUACAGAUGCAGAGAAGACCGUGAAGAUCGCCGAGGGCGUUCCCGGAAAACGUCGACGAAAGCUCCGUGUGAAUGUCGAAGACAGCGACUCCAGCAGUUCCGAGUCAGACUCGGACUCUGAUUCAGAUAGUGACUCCGACACCAGCAGCAGCGGGAGCUCGUCAUCGUCUGAGGACGAAUCCGAGAAUGAGGCACCAGCACGACCUUAUCGACAACCCGGCGAGGAAGACUCGAGCGAUUCCUCGUCUUCUUCGGAUGACUCGAGCUCUGAUGGCAGUUCGAGUGAGGAUGAUUCGGACUCUGAGUGA